AGAAGGAGGUCUUGGGAUUCGUUCCGCAAGACAGAUGAACACGGCCUUGUUAUCAAAAGUGGGCUGGCGGCUUCUUCAUGAUGAUGUAAGUCUGUGGUCAAAAUUUUUACGAAGUAAGUACAAAGUUGGAGACUCACAGGCUUGUAAUUGGUUGGUAACAAAAGGCACUUGGUCUUCUACAUGGAGAAGUAUAGUUCUGGGCUUUCGGAAAGUCGUGUUUCCUGGUUUAAGUUGGGUGUUAGGCGACGGGAAGCAAAUCAAUUUCUGGGGAGAUAGAUGGUUGUUGAAUGUACCAUUGAGUGAGUCUGCUACUCGAGAUUUACCGGCGAAUUGGAAGGAGAUUAAGGUCAGUGAUGUUUGGAGGAAUGGUGCAGGUUGGGAUCUUCAGCGGAUCACUCCUUUUAUCUCGGAGAAGACGCAACUUAAACUCAUGUCUAUGGUGGUGGAUACGGUGACAGGCGCACGGGACAUGCUGUCAUGGGGAGAGUGCUCCGAUGGAAGGUUUACGGUUAAGUCGGCUUAUUCUCUUCUAAGUCGAGAUAUGGUACCAAAACAGAGCAUGGGAGCGUUUUAUCUGCGAAUUUGGAGAGUUGUUGCUCAUGAGAAGGUACGAGUUUUUAUUUGGUUGGUUGUCAAUCAAGUGUUGAUGACUAAUGUGGAGAGACAGAGAAGGCACUUAGGGGACUCGGGCCUUUGUACGGUGUGUAAAAGUGGAGAUGAGACGAUUCUACAUAUCUUGCGGGACUGUCCCGCCAUGGCGGGAGUGUGGACUCGUCUCUUACCUCCACAACGACGACAAGUCUUUUUUUCUCAAUCUCUUCUGGAGUGGAUUUAUAGUAACGUGGGUGAUGAGAAGGAGAUUGGUGAAUGUCCGUGGGCCACAAUAUUUUCACAAGCUGUUUGGUGGAGUUGGAAGUGGAGAUGCGGGAACGUCUUCGGUGAAAAUAGGAAAUGUCGAGAUCGGGUGCGUUUCAUUAAGGAUUUAGCAAAAGACGUUUGGGUCGCGCAUAAGAAGUUGUUGGCAAGCUUGAGUCUAGUGGUAAGAGUAGAGCGAAUGAUCGCUUGGAUUCCCCCUAUGGUUGGAUGGUUCAAGCUUAAUACGGAUGGUGCUUCUCACGGGAAUCCCGGUCUAGCAACUGCAGGAGGGGUGAUACGGGAUGGGGAAGGUAAUUGGUGUAGUGGUUUUGCGCUUAAUAUCAGGAUAUGCUCAGCACCGCUAGCAGAGUUAUGGGGAGUCUACUAUGGCUUAUACAUAGCUUGGGAGCGAGGCAUUACAUGUUUGGAGCUGGAGGUUGAUUCUGAGAUGGUGGUUGGUUUUUUGCGGACAGGGAUUGAGGAUUCACAUCCGUUGUCCUUCCUGAUACGUCUGUGCCAUGGCUUUUUAUCGAAGGACUGGUUAGUCCGAGUUUCACAUGUGUAUAGGGAGGCUAAUCGUCUUGCGGAUGGAUUGGCUAACUAUGCGUUUUCUUUGCCUUUGGGUUUUCAUUUGUUUGCGUCGAGUCCAGAGAGUGUUAAUUUACUUUUGUUGGAGGAUAUUAACGGGCCUGCGCGUCCUAGAAAUGUUCGUUUGUAAUUCGUAAUUUCUUUUUAAUAAAAUGGGGGUUCGCCC